CACUUUCGACGUUCGCAGUGACUGACGACGACCAUGGUCUUUGACAAGACGUUCACGGUGGCGACGCGGCCCGCGGCCUCGAUGGCGCUGCAGACGGCGGCGCUGCAGAGCAUCCAACGCGUGGCGGGCAAUGCCAAGACGCUCAAGGACCUCGCCGAGACCUUCCUCGCCGACUUUGAGGCGUCGCAGGGUCAUGGCUGGCACGUGAUCGUGGGCAAAGACUUUGCCGUCGACGUGCGCUACCGCAAAGGCUGCGCGGUGAUCCUCUUGCACAAGUCGACGAGCACCAAACUCGUCUUGUACCGGGCGACGCACACGUCGGCGACGCCCAAGCUCAGCGCUGACGUGCCUGCGACUGGGGCGCCUGGCCUGAAGAGCACGAUCAUGGAGUCGGACAUGGCUCCCAGCCAUGAAGCGGCGCUUGUCCGCAUGUGCGAGCGUCUCGUCGGCCUCAACUCGACCGAAGACAUGGUCGCCGACCUCAAGGCGUACCUGGUGCAGAGCUAUGGCAACACGUGGCACGUGGCGGUCGCGGCCAACCACGAUCUGUGUGGCGCUGUGCACGCAACGCCGGGCACGUACUGCGAUCUGACGCUGACGAAAGGCAAGCAGUGCACGCGCUUUGUCGUCUUUCAGAGCUCGGGCUUUGACGCGACCGUCGACUUGCUCACGCUUCUGCACCGCGUCGCGCUCGUGGUCGCGAUGAUGGCCGGCGUCCUCUUCCUCUUUUACAAGACGAGCUACCGCGUCGAGUGCUUGGACGAAGCCGCGUGCUCGGCCAACGAACACCGCGUCGCCAAGUCGAGCGAGUGGUGGCAGUUUGUGACGACGCUGGCGGUCGUUGCGUUGAUUGGCCUUGCGUCUGUGCUGCGCAUGAGCCGCAACACGAUCCGGCAAAAGAUCAAGCACGUGUAGAGUCAUUGUCGACGAUAGAUAAGAUGCAUCACCAGUACGAAUAACUGCACAUGCG